AUGUACAAGGAUCCCGUGACAAGAGGCCAAGCCAUGGCAGUCUUCAUUGGAGGUACUUGUGUAGGUCCCCUAGCGGCUCCAAUUAUUUCAGGAUUUAUAUCUCCCGCCCUUGGAUGGCAUUGGACAUUCUGGAUUGGUUUAAUUUUCGCCAGUGUAUCUUGGAUUUCUCUGAUAUUUCUUCCAAAAACCUACGGUCCCAAUCUACUCCUUAAACACACAAAGAAGUUGCGCAGAGAAACAGGUAACCCAGAAGUCCUUACAUCUAUCGAACUGGAAAAACAAGACCUAAAACAAAUGAUCACCGUGACCCUCACUCAACCUCUUCGCAUGUUACUUUUUGAACUCAUCGUCUUAGCCGCUUGCUCUUAUGUACCUCGCCCUCGUGACACAUAUCUUCGCAUAACUCGAGCAGCCAAUAAACCAUGGACGCAAAAGGAAGAAUCUCGACGGCUACCGCUCGCCAUUCUUGAUAGACCACUUUACGUCGUCUCGCUUUUCUGUAUACCUUUCGGAAUAGAGUUUAUAUUAAUCUUCAUCGCAUUGCUCAACUAUCUAACGGAUGCCGAUGAAGUCUUUGCUGCGAGUGCUAUAGCUGCAUCGAGCUGCUGCAGAAGGUUAACUGGUGCUGUUUUGCCGUUUGCGGCGAAACCAAUGUACACACGAUUGGGUGUACCAUAG